CAGAAAACGACUCAUUGGUCUUCACAGCCAGACUCCACGAUCUACGGCUGGCCGAUGCCAAAGUCAAAGAUCUUUUCUGCACUCGCAAUUGCAAUUGAGGCUGCCUCCUCCUACAAGUAAUGUAAAAGUCGAUCUACAUGUACCACCAUGUCCUCUCAUCUGCCUCCACAAGACCCAUCCUCUGAUAUUCUUGCCUCGUUGUUGUAUCAGAAGGAUCUUUGGAUCAACGACGUCUUUCCAUUUUUGGGUCUGGGACACUUCCUUUUUGUGGGAAGUGUCAACACACAAUUCAAGAGUCUCUAUCAAGAAUAUUGCAAUCACGAGAUGAGUCCAACCCUUGUCGUCAUAGAAGAUGACGAGGAAGAUGACAACAAAGUGCGACCCGCAACCAGCACCGACACAUUGUACAGUGCAGCAUUUUUCAAUGUGACAUGUGCCAAAUACUGGUACAGCCUACAGUUUGAUUCCAGUCGACAAGAUCCAAAACCACUUUUGUUGUGCACACAUGCUGCAAGAGUGGGAAAUCUUACAGUUCUUCAAUGGGCUCGCGAGAAUCCAUGUCCAUGGAACGAACAGACAUGUGCUGGAGCCGCCAAGGGCAGCCAUUUGGAGGUCUUAAAAUGGGCCAGAGAGAAUGGUUGUCCAUGGGAUGCAACAACCUGCUCUUUUGCUGCUAGGAACGGGCACCUUGAAAUACUAAAAUGGGCAAGAGGCAACAUUAACUUCUGCCCAUGGGAUGCAGAUACCUGUUCUUCUGCUGCUGAGGGUGGCCAUCUGGAGGUGCUAAAAUGGGCAAGAGAAAAUGGAUGUCCAUGGGACUGGCGUACAUGUUUCGAGGCCAUCACAAGGGGGCAUUUGACAGUUCUCAAAUGGGCUCGUUCCGAUGGUUGUCCUUGGAAUCAUUGGACAUGUUUUAAUGCUGCAAAGUAUGGUCAGUUGGAGGUGCUGAAAUGGGCAAGAGAGCAGGGUUGCCACUGGAACGAAAGGGUGUGCUACAUUGCUGCUCUAGGUGGCCAUUUGGCAGUGUUGAUAUGGGCACGAGAAAAUGGCUGUCCAUGGGAUGUGGCAACAUGUCAUGCUGCUGCUGAAGGUGGGCACUUGGAAGUACUGAAAUGGGCGAGAGAAAACAACUGCCCCUGGAAUGAGCUAACAUGCAGCCAUGCUGCCGCUGCUGGUAAUUUGGAAUUAUUGAAAUGGGCCAAAGAAAAUGGCUGUCCAUGGAAUGAGGAUACAUGCAGUGGUGCCGCUAAAGGUGGAUUCUUGGAAAUUUUGAAAUGGGCAAGAGGAAAUGGGUGCCCCUGGGAUGAGCAGACUUGCCGUUUUGCAGCCAAGUAUGGUCAUUUGGACAUUUUGGAAUGGGCACACGCAAAUGGUUGCCACUGGACCACCAAAGCAUGUGCAGCUGCUGCUGAAAAUGGACAAUUGGAAACAUUGCAGUGGUUGCAUGCAAAUGGAUGUCCUUGGGAUGGCGAGACAUGCUACCGGGCUGAAAUAUCUGGGCAUCCAGAAGUUCUGCAGUGGGCACUUGCCAAUGGCUGCCCAGAGAGUGCCUUUGUGAACAACUAUGACAAUGAUUCAGGGAGCAACUAAAAUACUAAAAUCAGUCUUUUCCUGUAUUCUACUAUCUACUCCCUGAAUUGAAAGAGGAUUUGAGAGUUCCUACAUGUACAUUACGCCAGCAAUGUUGAAAGUCAUUUAGCUAGUUUCUUUAUCUC